AUGAGCAAGCAAAACAUUGUAUCACCUCAGUGUUGGACGAAACUCCUUUGUUUAGCACAGUCUGCUAGUGAUGGAAAUGAUGGACAAUCAAAUCAGCUCAUGUCUAAGCAAAACCAGAAAUUCGUCGAGAAUGCUAUGGCUGAAUCGAUGCAUUCAGCAGAUCCUGUAAGACAUAUGGUAAAGCAUAUCGAGCAGUUGAAACUAAUUAGAAACAAUGACGUUGAUAGCGUUGCGGAAAUUGCAGAUAAUCUGGAAGAAUUGAUUUGUGAUAUCGAUUGCGCUGCAGACUUUUGCAAGUUGGGUGGCCUCGUUGAAGUAAUUAGGCUUUUGAAAAGUGAUUGUGAUCCAGUUCGAUGUGAGGCGGCUCGAUUAAUACCAUUAUUAGCACAAAAUAAUCCGUAUGUUCAGAAUGUUAUGCUGGAAACAGAUUUAUUGCUUUAUUUGUUAAAUGCAUUGGAAGAAAUUAAUGCAUCUGAGGAUUUGCUAGUGAAAUUUUUAAGCGCUUUAUCCUCAAUUGUUCGGGGGCAUGAAAAAGCAUUCAGUCAGUUCUAUCACCUAAAAGGUCUAGUGAGGAUCGAGUGUGUGUUCCAGAAAGCAGUAGAUACGCAUCAUUUAAGAGUAGCUAACAAAGCAGUUCUAAUUACAACAAAUAUAGCAAUCAGUGUUGCACCUGAUGUGAGGCAGUAUAAUAUUUUGUCCGUUUUAUUUCGGAUGACGUUACAGCUAUCAUCAGAUAGCGAAGGAUGUUCAUAUUUCCUUGAUUAUCUUAUGAAUAACAUUGUGGAUAGGGAUGUAAACAACAGUAAUUUCACGAGUGAUGAAUUCAGAAUAAAUUUUGGAAAGCUUGACAAUCACUCUAAGCAACAUUUCUGCGACUUCUUGAAAAGACAGUUGGAAUAUGAGGAACGGUUCCAGCAGAAGGGUUGUUUAGAACGUUUUAUAAAAAUGAAUAUGGUACUGGAUGAAUACAGCAGGGAUUUCAAACUGGAAGAAGUUUCGAAAACAUAA